AGCGCACUCAAUAUACUCUCGCGCCGGCGGAUGAAUUCGUGUAUUGCGUGCUGCGGCUCUUGUCACUCAUUCUCUGUGCUGCUCGGAGCGCAUUCUGUGUCAACGGCUGAGGACCAAUUCAUGAUAUCACAGCAACCUGAAAUAGGGACAAAGCAUCGUAGUCAUUUAGAUAAUUACUGAACCAACUCUCCCUAUCUAUUCUACACGGAGCCUACCUUUGGAAGAGAUUGCAAUGCUUCAGAUAAGGGAUCUCAUUUGGACAUUGCUUUUCUUUGGUUAUGCAGCUGCUUUGCAAGUGGAUAUCACUCCGGCCCAGGGAGAGAUCAGCGUGGGAGAGUCCAAAUUCUUUUUGUGUGAAGUUGUUGGAGAUGCUAAGGAAAUAGACUGGUUUGCACCCAAUGGGGAAAAGCUCAGUCCAGGGAGACCAGACAUCAGCGUCAGCAAGAAUGACGAAUCCUCGUCGACACUUACAAUCUACAAUGCUAACAUCGACCAUGCAGGCAUGUACAAGUGUGUGGCCAAAAGCGGGGACAAGGAAUCUCAGGGCACUGUCAUCGUAAAAAUUUUCCAGAAACUCACUUUCCAAAAUGCUCCAUCGCCUCAAGAGUUCAAUGAGGAGGAUAAUGCUGACAUCAUCUGUGACGUCAUCAGCUCACCACCCCCAACUAUCAUCUGGAAGUAUAAAAAGAUAAGAAUCCAGCCUGAGACUGAUGUCCGUUUCGAGGUCUUAAGCAACAACCACCUCCAGAUCCGUGGCAUCAAAAAGUCAGAUGAGGGUGACUACACCUGCGAGGGCCGCAUCAUGGCCCGGGGAGAAAUCGACCUCAGGGUCAUUAAGGUCAUUGUCAAUGUUAAGCCAAGUAUCAGGACCCGCUACACUGAGCUUAAUGCCACUGCAGACAUCAACCAGGCUGUGACGUUGGCCUGUUACGCAGAUGGCUACCCAGAACCCACCGUCACGUGGGCACGAACUAAUAUUGUGCUGGAAUCCAAUGGGAAGUACAGUCUGAAUGAAGAUGGGUCGGAGUUGACCAUCAAAAACGUCAAUAAGCUUGAUGAAGGAGAUUACCAGUGCAUCGCUAGAAACAAGGCUGGAGAGAAUAGAAAGGAAGUCGCACUCAGUGUGUUUGUGCAACCCAAGAUCACGUUCCUAGAAAACCAGACGGCUUCUGAAUUGGAGGAGCAGAUCACACUAACUUGCGAGGCCACAGGUGACCCCACCCCCAACAUCAUCUGGAGCUUCGGUCGCCGUGUCUUCACCGAGAAUGAGCAGGCUUCAUGGACUCGACCUGAGAAACACAAGAGUCUGGAUGGCAACGUGAUUGUGCGCAGUGAUGCUCGUGUGUCCUCUCUGACUCUAAAGUACGUGCAGUUCACCGAUGCCGGCCAGUACCUCUGCACUGCCCGCAACUCCAUUGGUCAGGACAUCCAGAGCAUGUACCUGGAAGUGCGCUAUUCUCCAAAGAUCCAGGGCCCUGCGGCGGUGGUCACCUGGGAGGGUAAUCCGGCUAACAUCACCUGCGAGGCCCUCGCUCACCCGGCCGCUUCCGUUUUGUGGUUCCGUGAUGGCCAGAUGCUGCCUAGCGCUAAUACCACAAACAUCAAGAUCUACAACACUCCCGCAGUCAGCUUCCUGGAGGUCACUCCAGAGUCCCAGAACGACUUUGGCAGUUACAACUGUACGGCUACUAAUGUCAUCGGCACAGAGUCAAAGGAAUUCGUUUUGGUUCAAGCAGAUGUGCCUUCGGCCCCCUCUAUCGAGCGCGUGGAGCCUUAUUCCAGCACAGCAAUGGUGGAGUUUGAUGAGCCUGCCUCCAGUGGAGGAGUGCCUAUCCUUAAGUACAAGGCUGAAUGGAGGAUAGCAGGCCAAGACUGGACUGACAGAGAGUAUGAGGCUGAGGAUGGUCUCAACUUGAUCACUAUUGUUGGGCUGAAGCCAGAGACCACAUAUGAGGUCAAGAUAUCAGCCAUCAACGGCAAGGGUGAAGGAGAGAGCAGCGCCCCGGAAAGCUUCAAAACCCAACCUGUCCUGUCUUCAGAGACUCCAACUUCUAUUCCUCCAACCACUGCCGACCUUAGGGAACCUAAUCCUCCUAAACUGGAGGCUAAGCCACUGUCCACAGGCAACGAGAUGAAGGUCCACUGGAUCAAGCAGGAUGAUGGGGGCUCUCCCAUCAAACACUAUUUAGUGCGCUACAAAGCUAAACAUCGCCAGGAUUGGAAGCCAGAGAUCCGCCUGCCCAAUGGUAGCGAGUACGUUGUGCUGCAGGGUCUGGAGUGGAACACGGAGUAUGAGGUCUCCGUUAUAGCCGAAAACCAGAGAGGACGAUCUAAUCCCGGCAAACUCUUCUUCAGGACCUUGCCAGAACCCACCGCCAUCCCAGAAACCAGCUCAGGGUUGGGCACCGGGGCUAUUGUGGGCAUCCUCAUCGUGGUCUUCAUCCUGCUCCUCUUCGGUGUGGAUGUCACAUGCUACUUCCUCAACAAGUGCGGCCUCCUCAUGUGCAUCGCUGUCAACUUCUGCGGCAAGUCUGGGCCCUCUGCCAAGGGCAAGGAUAUCGAGGAGGGAAAAGCCGCUUUCACUAAGGAUGAGUCUAAGGAGCCCAUUGUGGAGGUAAGAACUGAGGAAGAGCGCACACCAAACCAUGAGGGAGGAGGCCCCACUGAACCCAAUGAGACCACCCCUCUGACGGACCCCGAGCACGCUGCUGACACCACAGCAACAGUAGUGGACUUGCUUCCCUCUGUAACCACUAACUCAGACCCCGCCACUGACAGUCCUGCUAGCGAUAGCACCACCCUUACCUCAAGCACCGCCCCUGCGGCCGACCCUAAAGCGGCCCCUAAACCUACUCCCCAAUCCAGCACCCCCAAACCCAUCGUCACCUCUCCCACCUCCCCGCAAGCUGCUCCUGCAGCCGUGGCCCCUCUGGUGGACCUGAGCGAUACGCCCUCCAGUCAAACCUCAAAGUCCUUAGAAGCCCCCCAGCCGUCUGAUUCAACCCCUGCAGAUCUGGCCAAAGCCGCUGGCCAGAGCCCUGUUGAUCCGGCCAAUCCCCCCCAAAGUAAGGACUCUCAGGUACAGGGAGGAGCCCACCAGACCACAGAUAGUGACCUUGCCAAGGAUGCGCUGGGCAAGCCUUCCAGCGAGUCCUCCAGCACACCGUCCGCACCCAACCAGGACGAUGGAAAAACCAUCGUAGAUGACAAAAGCAAAGCGCCAGAGACAGACGUAAAGAAAACUCCGGCGGAGGUGAAGACAGUCCCCAAUGAAGCCCCUCAGACGAACGGCAACGAGAGCAAAGCGUGAUCCGGAAUCGGCGACAGUCGCAGACAGACAGCACCACACCUCCACUACCACCACGUCUCAAAUACAAGGGUUUCUUUCUUCAGUGUCUUCUUUGAGUUCGCAGAACAAAACACAUCUGUUGAUGUAUAGAGCGCCUAAAGAGUUUGCGCACAUGCCUUUUAUUUUUUACUUUUCAUUUGUUAUUACUAUUGAAACAUUUCUUUCAUAAACGCAAGAGGGAAAAAUCCUUCACCUCUAGUCUCACUCUCCUCAACCUGUCUGAGUAAGAUCAGUGUCUUUCAAAGAUGUUCAGUAUGAGAAAUGAAUCACCAUGAGGAACCGUAGAUUUUGCCUUCACACAUUCAGACCACAGUGCUGUUUCAGUUAUGUUUUGUCUUAUUACAUGCAGUAUUGCCAUCGUUAUUGUCUGCCACAUAAUAAUGUUUUUGGGAACAGUUUUGAUGUUUUACUUGUGUUUAAAUAAUGUACAAAAGCAACCGCCUUUUUAUUUUAUUUUAUUUUAUUUUUCACGUUAUUUUUUCAGAGUUAGCGAUAGAUUUUUAGCAUGCUUGCUUUGCCGAAUUAUUUUUCUAUAUGUCCUUUUUUGAUUGUUUGUUUUAUUCCCUGAGUGUUUACAGCAUUUUACUCUAAAAUCCCACAUUAAAGGGAUGGUUCACCCAAUACUGAAAAUUCUGUCAUCAUUUACUCGCCCUCAAGUUGUUCCAAACCUGUAUAAAUUUCUUUGUUCUGCUGUACACAAAGGAAGAUAUUUGGAAGAAUGUUUGUAACCAAACAGAUCUCGGCCCCCAUUGACUGCCAUAGUACUUUUUUCCUACUAUGGUAGUCAAUGGGGGGCGAGAUCUGCUUGGUUACAAACAUUCUUCAGAAGAACAAAAAAAUUUAUACAGGUUUGGAAAAAAUAUUUUCUCAGAAUGUUUGUAACCUAACCCCCCAUUGACUACCAUAAGAGGAAAAAAAUACUAUGGCAGUCAAUGGGGGCCGAGAUCUGUUUGGUUACAAACAUUCUUCCAAAUAUCUUCCUUUGUGUACAGCAGAACAAAGAAAUUCAUACAGGUUUGGAACAACUUGAGGGCGAGUAAAUGAUGACAGCGUUUUCAUUUUUGGGUGAACUAUCCCUUUAACACGCCGUUUGCAAACCUGAGACAAAAGAUUACACAGGGUAGAGGUCUGAACUAGUGGUCAGGGUUAUACAAAUCACCACUACUUUUUUCUUUCAUAUUACAAUGCAUCCCAUUUCCCCUGAACCUUAGGGUUUCUUCCAUUUACUUUAGGUCUUUAAAGCAAGAUUGAGAGUCAAAGUGGCCUCCCGCUGUGAUCCUCGCUUAAAAAUGUCCCGCAAGUCUUUUUAAAAAAACAUUAGGAACAACCCGGAGCUCUUAGAUAUGGAUCAAACGGCUCCUUUAGGUAGUUCAGUACAAGCACCGCUGCUGCAUUACAUGAAGAGACAGUUGUUGCACUCGUGGCCUAACCAAAACAUCAGGCGCACAGCUGUGUGUAACACUCACGGAUCGUCCCGUAAGGUUUCUCCACUGGCAUUUGCCCACAUUGAUAAACAUUGCAUUAAAAAAAUGAAGUAGUGCCCCUUUGAUACUGAUAAAAAAUUAAAAUGUUUGUUGUUGUUUUUUCAUGUCUUAAAUGGCCAAAUUCUUGGUUUUAUUUUUUAUUUAAGCCAUAGUACUCCGGUGUGGAUCGUAGCAUAAAGAAUAUUCAGCCUGACUUUUUUUGUACAGUGUUUCUCAUUCUUUAGGCUGCAAGCUUGUGCACUGUGAAUGCGUGAAAAUCCUAGUGUGAAUACAGUGUGUUCUUUGUACUAGUAUAAAAAAAAGUUUCCAUAGGUUGUGAAAGCCGUAGCUGUUAGUUCAAAUGAUGUUCAUCAUGAUAAGAAAAAAAAAAACGAUGUAAAAAAAAAAAAAACACAAUGGCAGCAGAAGUGAAAUACGGACACAAAAUGAGUUGGUGCCUUCAAUAUAAACAUCCUCUCGUAUGCAGGCCUGCGGUUGUCUCUGUGACAACAUACCCCGCCGCUGUCAGAUGGUCCAGAUCUGUAAACUGUGAAAAUAAUAGUUUUGUUUUUUGCUCAAAUGUGUCGUCACUUGGUCUUCUGGGUCUGAGGGUGUAAAUGGAUCGUGGUUUUCUUUAAAACUUGACUUUUAAAUUCUCGACAACAUGCCUCUAUUUAACUGAUGCAAAAUAAGACGUAUAUAUAUAUAUAUAUACAUAUAUAAAUAUAUUCACACAGAAAACUGUCUCGAUGAAUUUUGUCUGCUCACCCGCCAUUAAUUUCAAAAUCACUUGUUCAUCCCAUUUGGUCCAAUGCCUAUUUUUAAACCUGAAAUAAGCAUGCGAUGUAUUCUGAACUGGUGUUAAGGUUACCAAUUGAAUUGCUAAUUAGCUGAAAAUGUCAAAGGCUUUAUUUGUUGUACAUUUUUCUGAAUGUCAGUGAACUCGUCAUUCAUACAUUUUGACUUUUACAAGUCAAACAUGAAGUGCUUUCAUGGCGUUGGACGGUAACACGUUUUAAUAACUUUCAUUAUUAAGUCGUUAAACAUUAUGUAACAGAUCCGUAAGUUCAUUAACAGUUAUAUGACAUUAUAUAAAUAAUCGUUUCAUGACACUUCAAAGUCUUUGAAUGUACGUUUGUGUUCUGUUAAGCAUGUGUAAUGUAAUUAUUAAUACUGAAAGUUAUUUGAAAGUGUUUCCAGUCUAAUAAGCAUCUGAGAGGCUUGUAGAAACUUUACCGGAAGGCAUACAAGCUCUUCCUUGUGAUCUCUCUGAAAAACAAGCUUUUGAUUCAUACUGCCAUUUAAUAUGGGACCAAUUUUUUUGUACGUUUACACACGGUUUACCGCCGCAAUCGUGCCAUCAUGCCACUUUAAAGACAAACGAUUGUUUCCAAAAGCAUCUCUCGUCAUCUCACUCUCAUCUCAGACCUUUAUAAGACAUCCAUCCCUUCAUACCCAACUGAGAGGCCCUUCUCACAGCUGUAUACAGAUUUAUACAAAUCAAAUGUCACUUCCACCUCUCUCCCCCCACUGCCACUGCUGUAAAUACUAACCAACAACAAAAUCUGACUUCAUUCUGUCAAAAAAAUUCUUGUGUUCAAUAAAAUGAGAAAAAUA